UCGGCGCUGGAUCGAUCUGCGAGUGGGGCUGGUGCGGGUGCGGGGAAGAUGCGGGGUGCUCGAAGCCGAAAGCUUGGCGAUGACGGCGCUGAGCCCGGGCCUGGUGUACCGAGCGACUCGGAGAUUGCUGCCCGGGGAGUCGCGGACGAUGAUAAUGUGGCUGUGGGUGGCGAUGAGUUGCCGGGCAGCAUCGCCGGUGGUGAUGCUGGUGGUGGCGACAACAACGACGAGAGCGGCGAGGCCAAGUUCCACUACUUUACCUACGCCACCCACCGUGGCUCGGACGAUCUGUUUUGCAAGGCGCUGAGCUCGGCAUGGCACGCAAGAGUGCCGCUCCAGAUCCUGGGCUGGGGCACGCGGUGGACCGGGCUCGCCGACAAGCUCAAGGGCGUGCAGCUCGCGCUGGAAGCCCUUCCGCCGCACGACAUCUUUGUCUUUGUCGACGCGUACGAUGUGCUGUUUGUCGAGAAUGUCGACGUUCUUCAGGAGGCGUACGUGGCGGCGAUGGCGCAGUACGCCCGCGAGGCUGAUCUGGGCGAUGUGGUGCUCUUUGCCGGCGAGCGUGGGUGCUGGCCGUACAUGGAUGGGCGACCCGAGGGCAAGGAGCUGUGUGAAGUUGUCUAUCCGACCUCGCCCACUCCGUACCGGUAUGUCAAUUCGGGCAUGUGGGCUGGGACUGUGCGCAGCGCGCAGCGGCUAAUGGCGCUGGUUGCGGACGUGCUUGCUGCCGCGCCGGACGGGGCCAACGACCAGGAGAUCAUCUCCGAUCUGUACCUUGCGCGGAUUCCGGGCGUCACCGACUCGCCGAUUGUGCUUGACACCGCGACGUGGCUUUUUAUGUGCCUCCAUCUCUCGCAGACUGAUCUACACAACGACUUGACCAACAAGUUGACUGGUCACAAGCCGGCCAUCCUUCACUUCAACGGCGGCUCCAAGCCGAGCAUGCGCUCGAUUGCCAGCGCACUUCCGACUCCGCGCUCAGAAGCGCCCGAGUUUGAUCUCGCCUCCAUCGCCGCGGACGGCGGCCUGGAGCUCACCCGCGCCUCCCUGGCUGACCUCUGCAGGCCGUAG